GAUGUCCUUCGCUUUUCCUCUCUGUGCAGGUUAAACAUGGCUGCGCUCUUAAGAUCAGCCCGGUUCCUUAAAUGUUCACCGGUGGCGUUGCUUCAGGCCUUUGGAAACGGCAGACAUGUACCGGCAGCUGGUCGUCUUUACAGUGGAGCGGUCAGGGCUACUCGUGCAGGGUUAUGUGUCCAUAAAGUCCCGGGACGCUUAAACGUAAACAGUUUGCUCUCAUUCAGAUCAGUCUUGCCCUGUGUGAGCUGUCAUCAGUAUAGUGUUGUCCCGGAGCAGAGGCAGCUGGUAAAGGAUGAGCCCAGUGUGGCAGUCCGCACCAAGCAGGCUCAGCUUUUUGACUGGGCUCUGGCCAAACUGGACAGCUCAAUCCGAAGGACAGGCCGGGUCACCAAAACACUGCUGCUGCGCAUCUUCCAUGAUGUCUGCAGAACAGGUAUUUGUCUGAUGUCCAAGCGAAAUCAAGCUCUGUUAUUGCUGAGAAGCUGUGGCUCUCUGCUUCCUGAGGUUCCCUUGGCGGAGCGCAUAGAGCUGUCACUACGGAUCUGGGAUGAGCUUCAAGCACUGGGCGCCCCCUAUGAUGUGAGCCAUUACAAUGCCCUGCUUAAGGCGUAUCUGCAGAAUCAGUUCAGAUUCUCUCCAACCGACUUUCUUGCUAAAAUGGAAGCUGCUAAUGUUCAGCCGAACAGGGUGACUUAUCAGAGACUAAUCGCAGCCUAUUGUGAAGUCGGGGACAUUGAAGGUGCAAGUACGAUCCUGGGCUUUAUGAAGAGCAAAGAUCUCCCCAUAACGGAAGCUGUGUUCAACUCGCUAGUGACAGGCCAUGCCCGUGCAGGGGACAUGGACAGCGCUGAAGGCAUCCUGUCAGUCAUGAAAGGUGCAAGGAUUGAGCCGGGCCCAGAGACGUACCUGUCUCUUCUUAAAGCGUAUGCUGAGAAAGGCGAUAUUGAUAAAAUUAAGCAGACUCUAGAGACAGUGGAGAAUGCAGAUAUCCUUCUGAUCGACAGAGAUUUGAUGCAGGUGGUUUUCAGUCUGACUAAGGCCGGCCAUCAGCAGUAUGUGCCUGAGAUUGUGGAUAGGAUGCGUCACGAUAGAGGAUAUGUGCCAGAUGCUAUGAACCUCUGCUUGAGUCUGAUUACCCACGGACAUGAAGACACGGCGUUUUAUGUGCUGAAGAGCUUCACCAACCUGCUGUCAGAGUCACAGACCGGUGACUCUCCAAACUUGGGAAACUUCUUUCUUAGCCACUGUGUCAGUAUGGACAAGUCUGUGAAAAGCAUAGUUGGGUUUUGCAAAGCUAAAGAUUCAGGUCUGCACUCAUCGCCACUGCAGUACACCCUUCAGUGUGCCCUGGAAGACAAAAAUACCGGUAUGGCUGUUGAGCUCAUGAGAAGGAUGAAGGAGGAGGGAUUGCCUCUCAGACCUCACUACUUCUGGCCCAUCUUCACUCAUUACCAGAAAAACAUUCCCGGUGUUCUGCAAGUUCUGAGAGCCAUGCAAGAAUUGGGUCUUGCGUCAGACGUUGAUACUUUUAGCAUCUACAUCCUGCCGUCUUUCCCAUCAGCGGACAGUGCCACGCACCAAUUGCAGAAUGCCGGUAUUGGCGUGGAUCCCAAUGGCUUUGACUAUGGCAGAAAUCUGACGGAAACCUCACGUGGAAACCUCGCAGAGCUGUUCUCUCUGAUGUCUUCAUCUGCUGUUCCAUACAUUGACCUCAGUGUAUUCAGAGGCACCCUGAUCUCUGCAUUCAGAAGGUUUGAGGAUGUGGAGUGUAUGACGAAGAUUACAGAACUUCUCUUUAAAGACCCUCGGUUCAGUAAUGCUGACCAUAAAAAUUCAGAAAAUGUGGCCUACUUCCUUUACAGCCUGAUUAAUUCCAUGACUGAGACAGAGGUGCGGUCCAAAGAAGAGGAGAUUAGAGAGUACUUGACCUGCUUAAGAACAUGGUAUAAUAUCAUCAUCUACUUGAACAUCUUUAGAGGGAUCAAGAACCUACUGGAGUCCUACAAAGUUCCAGGCCUUUUGAAGGAUGUCUCUGCUCUUACGGAGAAAAAUUUGGAUGCUGGGUUGGAUACUAAUGCAACACAGCACAAAGUAUUUGGUUUUGAGGGGAAACUUUCAUUACUGGAGAAGACCCUGGCAGAGCAGAAAGCUGAGGGCAUACCAGUCAGUUCCACCCUCAAAAAAGUCAUCUCUGCCCUGUGUUUCGAGGAGAAAGCUCUGGAGCUUAAAACUCAGUAUGAAGCGGAUAUGACUCCUGCCUCAUAUGCCAUGCUCAUCAACCUGUGCUGCCGUCAUGACAAUGCUGAAGAAGCCCUCAAGCUAAAGAUGGAAUUGGCUCGCAGGGACUCUGAGGUCGCGCUGGAUGCUUACAAGUAUGUGGCCUUGGUCCAAGUGCUAUCCAAGCACGGCAAGCUGGAAGACGCAAUUACAAUAAAAGUGGAACUGUGGGAAAAAAACCUACUAUUGUGGGAGAAUACGAUCAGUUUGCUCUCACAAACGAUAAACAAGGCUGUACUGAAAGGAGAUGCCAUCACUAUUCGACGCCUCAGGAGACAAUCUUUCUCUUUGGGCCUGGCCAAACCAUCCAGCGUCCUCUGCUCACCCUCAUCAGUUGCUAUCUGGGAGCCUGCUGAUGUAUCACCACGCGAUGUUGGAGCUGUGGACAGAGAGGUCAUUUGGCUCCUCAUCUCCUCUCCAGUGCACCCACCAGUACUACCUCUACUCCCCCAGAGAACAAAAGCUCUCGUAACAGAGGACAACACUAAGAACAUGUCCCUCACUGAGUUUAACAUAACCUGCGCCUGCAGGCAGCCAGUCAGUAGUAUCGGAUGGUACAAUGGUGCCUUUGACUCUCCUCCACUGCGCCAGCGUUAUCUGAGCUGCACAAGGCUCCACUGCUCCUGCAUGUAUAUGGAGCUUAUGGUGUUGAUCUCAGUAUGGCCUUCUGUCCGGAGAAGAGACUGCUUCUGGAGGGCUGGCUGGGCUCUGGCCUACUGCCCGUCAGGGGUGGUGGUGGCGGGGUCUAAGCGUGGCAUCAAGCGGGUUCUGUGCUACAGAAGCGGAGGAGUGGAAGAUCUUGCUGCUUGCGUUCAGACUCUUCAUCGUUUGGGAGUGUCCGGCCUGCUCUUACCGCCCUCGCCGCUCGCAGUGCUGGAGCUGUCCUAG